ACCAUCAGCUAGUUAUUUUGUUUUCUGAUGAAAUUCUGUUUUUCGCCAAAGUUCUAAAAUUGAAAAAAUUGAUAUAUUAUUAAUGUUGUUGGAAAAAUGUCGUCACGAAAUAGUAGUGCAAUGCAACAAAAAUAUAGUCGUGUAGUUGUAUUGGUGGACAUGGAUUGCUUCUUUUGUCAAGUGGAAGAGAAACUGAAUCCGCAGCUGAAAGGACAACCAGUAGCAGUGGUGCAGUACAACGCGUGGCGUGGUGGUGGCAUUAUCGCCGUGAAUUAUGCAGCGCGUGCAAAAGGUGUUACACGUCAUAUGCGCGGCGAUGAAGCCAAGGAGAAGUGCUCUGAAAUACAAUUAGUAACAGUGCCAAAUAUGCGUGAAAAAGCCGAUACGAGCAGGUAUCGUGAGGCUGGCAAAGAAGUAGCGAAUGUGCUACAGCGUUUUACACCUUUGUUAGAACGCGCUUCGGUCGAUGAGGCUUAUAUGGAUAUAACAGAGGCGGUCAAUAAGCGUUUGGGCGACAUGAAUGCGGGUUCAUUUAUGUUACAACCGCAAGGCCUAAUAAAUACGUUUGCUGUAGGAUAUGCUGGUAUUGGUGAUUUUCUUAAUGUGAUUACGAAACGUUUGAAUGAGCCCACUGCGGAGGAUAUCGAGUCACAAGAGUUCGGACAAGCGCACGAUGCUGUGCCGCCAUUCCAGGCUGUGCGUCAAAGUGAUAUUCGUUUGCUUAUAGGCGCGGCUAUAGCGGGUGAAGUGCGUGCUGCUGUGAAGGCAGAAACUGGCUAUGAGUGUUCUGCUGGUAUAGCACACAAUAAAAUACUUGCAAAAUUGGCAUGUGGCAUAAAUAAGCCUAAUAAGCAGACCAUUUUGCCACUGGCACAGAUUCCAAAAUUUUUCGAAACCUUACCACUAACAAAAAUUCAAGGUUUAGGUGGUAAAUUCGGUGAGAAGAUAUGCGUAGAUCUGCAAAUACGAUACUUGGGUGAGCUUUUGCCAUAUAGCGAACCAGAUUUGCAAAGGAAAUUUGAUGAAAAAAAUGGCACCUGGCUGUAUAACAUUUGCCGUGGCAUUGAUUUAGAACCCGUUACCCCACGUUUUUAUUCAAAAAGUAUUGGUUGUUGUAAAAAAUUUCCAGGACGCAACAAUAUAACUGGACUAAAUACACUGCGUCAUUGGUUGGGUGAAUUGGCCAGCGAGGUAUGCGAACGCAUGGAAAAGGAUAUGCUGGAAAAUAACCGUCGGGCCAAGCAAAUGGUCGUAAGCUUUAUACAAGAAUUCGAUGGUGAAGAAGUGUCUAGUUCACGCUCCGCACCACUUAAUGCGCACGAUCAAGAGACAUUGGCCAAGUGUAGCUUAGAGGUAUUACAAGCAAAUACAAAACAGUUUCUUAAAUCAGGCAACACACUGGCCUUGAAUAAUCCUAUAAAAUUUUUGGGUAUUAGUGUGGGUAAAUUCGAGACAAUACAAAGCGGCCAAGGAAAGUUACAGGAAAUGUUUGCCAAUUUAGCGGCUAAGAAAAAAACUGAGACCGAAAAUGGCUUAAGGCAAGCUAGCGGUGCAGUGAAUAGUGUUGCGUCAAGUAACCACCCAGAGCCUGUUGCUAAGAAACCAACAUUUAUGCAAAAUUUUUUGCGACGCAGCACUGAAGCUAGCGCCAGUGAGGAAUCUAAAAACUCUACUAAUGAAAAGUGUUCUCAGAAUGUAGACGAAAUUUUAGAAUGUGAUGACGAUGAAAACGUCACUGGGGCCAUAAAAAGCGAUUACGCGGUGCAGGAGGUGCAACAAACGCCAACAGUACGCAGCUUUUUUCUAAAUGCCUUAAAAAAUCGGAGUGUUAACGAAAGCAAAGAGACUGCUUCAACACUCGAUGUUGCGUCCACCGACGAUUGUUCUCUAAAUACAAAUAUGGCAGUUAGAGAAAGUGAUAUAACAAAAAGCUUUUUCGCAAAAGUUUUAAAAAGGCAGGCAGAUGUAGAAAUAACUGAUACAAUACAAACGAAACAGCAUAAUAAAUUGCAAUAUUCGCCGGAGAAAAGUCAGACAUCAGCAAUAGUGUCUAAUUCGGAUGAUAAAAUUGAACAAUUAGCUGUUGUAUUGCAAGAAUAUAACGAAGAAAAUGACGAGGAACAUCAUGUAUCGUGCAUUAAUAUGGCUGAAAACAUUGGUCCAUCCAAAAAUAAACGCAAGUACAGCGCAUUGCUCCAAAGCGAAUCGUCAACCAUUGAAACAACUGCACACGACACAACUUCAGCUAGCUACGAAACGAGCUAUGCAGAGUUUGCCGUGCCUGAGUUACGAACUGAUCUGAUACAAAUGAUUAAAUGUGACACUUGUAAAGCUGAUAUACCGUCGGAUGCGCGUUCAGUGCAAUUACAUCAAGAUCGCCACAUUGCUAUGCAACUCAGCCAGCAGCUACGUGAUGAAUAUCGCACCGAGGUCAAAACACAAUUAAGCGCUAAGAAGCCUGCCAACACGCCAGUCGUGCCCAGCAAGAAACCGAAAAAGUCACCAGUUCAAGCAACAAAAAUCGGCAAUAGCAAAGCAGGCACAAGCAUAACGAAAUUCUUAAAACCUACUGCUGCUGCUGCUACUACAGUAGUAGCUGCAACUACCAGUGUGCCAACACAGCCACCUACAGAAAUAAUCGAUCUUUCGAAUGACACCGUCGACACGGCUGUUUGCGAGGAAUGCAAGCUAACCAUACCAACCAGUGAACUUGAAGAGCAUAAAGAUUUUCAUGUUGCUAAAACCUUACAACGUCAAUUGAACAUGCUUGAGGUACGCACGGUCUCUGUUGCUAAGAAAUCUAACGCGCCCUGUAAUGGCACGUUGAACGCGAGCCAAGCGAGUAUUAAAAAUAUCAAACCCAUUACCCAAUUCUUUUCACAAUCAAAUUGUUUGUAGUUUAAGUUAUAAAUGGAGAUUUUUAAGCUGUGAAAAAAUAUA